GGCGCACGCUGGGAAGACAAGACCCGCGCACACACCGCCCCCCUCUCUCUCUCACACACAACACACACAGUUCCGCUCUUUCUCUCUCUACUCUCCCACGACCCUAUUAAAUACGGGUAGGACUGGUAUUUAAAACAGCACAGCACAACUUGUCAAUUUCAAAUGAAUACUACCUUGUCCCCGAAACCCCAAAAAUUUCUAGAGCGUGAGUGAGUGAUUGCUCAACCAUUUUAGAGAGAGAAACAGAGAUAUUCUAUAGUUAUAUAGAGAGAGAGAGAGAGUUUCUCGCUUUUUCCGUAUAUUGUGGAGAAUUUUUUACAGUGUAUGUUUUAGUGGGUGAGAGUUGUAGAGAGAGAGAGAGGGGAGUGCUGCUUGGCUGCUUGGGUCUCACUUCACCGCCUGGCAUUUGUUGUGAGAGAGAAGAAACAAAAAUGGUGAUAUAAGGGCAAUUGAUUCGAUCCAGUCCUCUUCUCUCUCACAAGUUGCCACAAACUAUGCCUUGAUUCCGCCAUUAACGCCUCGUUUACUUCACCACCUCAAUUUCUCUCUCUAUAUCUAUCUAUUCAGAUCUCUCUCUGUCACGCACAUAGCACAAAUUUCCUGACAUUGAAGAUAUUGAACAACACCCUACAAAUCCGAAGAAACAUUGAAUCCUUAAUUCGUUCUGUUUGUCAAUUUACUGGUGAAAUUCUGUUGAAUUAAGGACGAAGAACCGAAGAUGCUGACGUGUAUUGCUUGUUCGAAGCAGCUCGGUGGUGGAUCUCUUCACCAACAAGAAAAUGAUGACACGGUGGCAACACCAAGCUCAAAGCAAGCAAUUAAAGCUCUUACUACACUGAUCAAGGACAUUGGAUUGAAGGCCUCGGGAGCAUGUAAGCACUGCAAGCCAUGUUCAGGAUCAAAUCACCAGAACAGGAACCAUGCCUUCUCUGAUACUGGGUCGGUGUCGGAGAGGUUCCAUUGCUUGUAUCAUCGAAGAACAGGCAGCUCGAACUCCACCCCAAGACUAUGGGGAAAAGAGAUGGAGGCAAGAUUGAAGGGGCUUUCGAGUGGCGAAGGCACGCCGACUUCAGUGAGUGGUCGGACAGAGUCAGUUGUGUUUGAGGAAGAUGAGCCCAAGGAAUGGGUUGCUCAGGUGGAGCCUGGUGUUCUAAUAACGUUUGUUUCACUGCCUGAUGGAGGGAAUGAUCUGAAGCGGAUUCGAUUCAGCCGUGAGAUGUUUAAUAAAUGGCAAGCUCAAAGAUGGUGGGCAGAGAACUAUGACAAGCUUAUGGAACUGUACAAUGUUCAGAGGUUCAAUCGCCAAGCAGUACCGUUGCCAACUCCGCCGAGAUCUGAAGACGAGAGCUCAAAGAUUGAAUCUGCUGGAGGCAGCCCUGCAACUCCACCAUUGAGCCAAGAGUGUUUACCCCGAAACCUCCACCGUCCAACCAGGAUGGGCUCCUCUUCAUCAGAUUCACUUGACCACCAGCCAAUGCAAUCCCGUCAUUACUAUGACUCCACUGGUCUUUCUUCAGCACCAAAACUCUCUGGCAUCAGUGGGACAAAAACUGAGACAUCUUCAAUAGAUGCUUCUGCAAGGUCUAGUUCGUCAAGAGAGGCAGAUCAAUCAGGAGAGCUGUCCAUCAGCAAUGCCAGCGAUCUGGAGACUGAAUGGAUUGAACAGGACGAACCUGGAGUUUACAUCACUAUCAGAGCAUUGCCAGGUGGUAAUCGGGAGCUUAGACGCGUCCGGUUCAGCCGAGAAAGAUUCGGAGAAAUGCACGCAAGAUUGUGGUGGGAAGAGAACAGAGCUCGGAUACAAGAACAAUACUUGUGAUUUCGUUAAGUGUGGAGGUGGGUGGCCUUGAAUAUUUCUUUAGAGACAGGUGUUUUAGGUGUUCUAUGGGCACCCAAAAUACAAAAAUGGUGCUCUUGACUACUUUUUUUUAUUCAACCUCUCUUUGUGAAUUGAGUUACUUUUUUUUUUUUUUUUUUUGAAUAUUAUUAAUCAAAGGGGGGUGGGGGUGAUAAUGAAAAUUGUUGGCGCUUUAUGGUCUGGGGAUUGGUGCAGAAGCAGAUGAAAAUGGGAAAAAUGAUUACAAUAACAGAUCCUAAUUCAUAGUAGUAGCAUAUCGUGUUCAUCAGAUUCAA